UUUUUGCCCCUUGGAUUUUUGCGGUAUUCCUAAGACCGCAACCGCUGUUUUACAGUAGCUACAAUGAAACUGCAGUUCAACUGCUGUGGGACUCAUUUGUGUCUAUUGAUGUAGCGUUAAUAUUGCCACCUCGGUUUUUACACAACACGCAUUGUUUAACUGCUUUCAAGGUUGUUUCGUUUACCAUCGUCCCAAUUGAUAUGUCUUGCGACUAUGAACAAGAAGCUGAUCGUCUUGGAGGAAAAUUCUCCUCCUUGGACGUGUCUGGCUCUCGUCCCAGAGAAUCAUCAGACUCUGCCAAUCUUUAUGUCCCUCCGCCUCUUCGUAAUCGGGACCUAGCAAACGGUCCUUCAAUAGGCCAUUCUUUCGACAGCCAAGGUCCACGUUUCCCACGUGGAGGUGGAGGUGAUAGCCUCCGGGGUAGAUCAAGUCGCGGUGGUUACGGAAAUCGCGGAUUCAAUACAGAUCGCAGUCAAAACGAUUUCCGGCCCUCGGGGUUCAAUGCCGAUCGUGGUCAAAGUGAUAACCGACCCUCAAGUUACACUAACCAGUUCGGUUCAAGGGGGCUCAGUUCUGGUGCAUCUGGUUCGCGAGGUGGGCGCAGUUGGGGAAGUGACAGUACCGAGGAUUGGUCCAGACAGCUCCCUCCUAAUGAACGUUUAGAGCAAGAGCUGUUCAAAAAAAUCAAAACGGGCAUCAAUUUCGACCAGUAUGACAACAUACCCGUCAGUGCGACUGGUCCAGACUUCAGCGAGGCUUCCACUUUAAUCUCCUCGUUUUCCGAUCUUUCUCUUCAUCGGAUUAUUAGAAACAACGUUGACCUGGCACAAUACGAACGCCCAACGCCAGUGCAGAAACACGCUAUUCCGAUUAUAGCUAGUGGGCGAGAUCUCAUGGCCUGUGCCCAAACAGGGUCCGGAAAAACGGCAGCCUUUCUAAUCCCGAUUCUUAACAGAAUGAUUGAAGAGGGCCCGGGCGGCUCGACUAACGCUGUGAUUGAGUCCAAUAGGCGAAAGCAAUAUCCGGUUGGUCUGAUUUUGGCACCGACACGUGAACUGGCCUCACAGAUAUUCGAUGAUGCUAGAAAGUUUGCAUAUCGCUCUUGUAUUCGCCCCUGUGUUUUGUAUGGUGGCGCAGAUAUGCGGUCGCAGUUGCUAGAAGUAUCGAAGGGAUGUAACCUGCUUGUGGCUACUCCUGGUCGCCUCAAUGAUGUGAUGGAACGCGGUCGUAUCGGUUUGGAUCACUGUCGCUACUUGAUUCUUGAUGAAGCCGAUAGAAUGUUGGACAUGGGGUUCGAACCUCAAAUUCGCCGUAUCGUUGAACAAGAUAAUUUACCUCCCUCAGGGAAACGACAGACCCUAAUGUUCUCGGCCACUUUUCCUCACGAAAUUCAGAUGCUAGCAAAGGAUUUCCUCAGCCGGUACAUUUUUUUGGCAGUUGGACGCGUUGGAAGCACGAGUGAAAAUAUUACUCAGUCGAUUUUAUGGGUUGAAGAAAACACAAAACGAGAUGCUCUAGUUGAUUUACUCUCAAGUUCUGAUCCGGGUAUUCUUACCUUGAUUUUUGUCGAGACCAAACGUGGCGCUGACUCUUUGGAAGAUUAUUUGUACAGUCAAAAAUUCCAGGUGGCUAGCAUUCAUGGGGAUCGCACUCAAGAUGAUCGCGAACUGGCGCUGUCAUGUUUCCGGACUGGUCGGACUCCCAUUUUGGUUGCCACUGCCGUUGCGGCUCGAGGUCUGGACAUUCCCAACGUCAAGCAUGUCAUCAACUAUGACCUGCCAUCGGACAUCGAAGAGUACGUUCAUCGUAUCGGUAGAACAGGCCGUGUUGGAAAUCUAGGCAUCGCUACCUCGUUUUUCAAUGACAAAAACCGAAACCUUGCGCGAGGAUUAGUGGAAUUGCUGGAGGAGGUCAAUCAAACAGUGCCGUCUUGGUUAAAGGCCCUUGUUACGGAUAACCGGCAGACGUCAUUUCAGCGACCACGCAACAACCGGAGAGGCGGAGGGUUUGGCGCGAAGGAUUAUCGGCAGUCCACGGGACGUGGUGGCUCAAGUGGUUAUGGGACUGGUGCCCCCCCAAGCCGUUUCGGUGGCGGGUUGUCGCGCGAGUAUGGUUUCCGAGAUGAUGCUGCUUGCUACGACAACGGAACAACGGUACCCUCGGGAGGAAAGGAUUGGUGGGGAUCAUAAAGCACCGCACACUGCGUUUCAGAGCACUCAUUCAUAUCUUAAAAAUGACGAUUGUUUGCGAUUAAUUUGCACGUUUUUGUAAUUAGGCUUAAGAUUUUCGGUUAUUUCUACUUGCCCACUGGAUCUGCACGGGACUUGUUUUGCGCAUUUUGCUUGGUCGUGAGCAGAAACAUUAUGACUGUGUGCUUUAAAGACGAGAGUUCCUCACUUUCACAUUUUAACUCGCGCUGCAUUUAUCUCUGGUCAAGAUUUUUGGAUCGCGCCCGAGAUUGGUGCCAGGCAUGUGAGCUCGCUUAUUCGCACAUUCAGUGAUUGCAAAAUAGUAAUAAAUAGAUCGCGGAAUGAAUUCUUUGUUUUAUUGAAAAGCUGUUCAUGUAAAAAACUGUUCCGUUUCUUUUCUUAUGCGUGGUACUUGGAAGUAAAUGCCGGGAUUGAGAAUUUUCUUUUGCAGCCAUCGUAUGUCAUGCACCGAAUCUUCCCGAAUACUGGGCGUUCAGCCCAGCCCUGAUCAUGGACACCGCAGAUCGACCACAUGACACCUAGGAAAUGGAAAUACAUAUGCG